AUGAUUACUACAACUGAAGCAACAAUUUUAAAUUCAACAAUCGGUGUAGAGGAUCCGAUAGAAAAACUUAACUACCUGAAAGGAAUCUACUCAUGGCUGAUACCGAUAAUGAUCAUAAUACUUGCCCUCGCAAUAAUCGGCAACGGUCUAAUUGUGGUCUCGGCUCCGUUUCUGUCCUCACCAGUCUCACCAUAUCUGAAACUGUGCAUCAGUUUAGCUGCAGCCGACAUGUGGGCGGCUUCCUUGCUCAUCACAGGCUUAGUCGUGAACUCGUACCUUCCGGUAGUUAUUGGCGUGCAAAAAUCCUCUAAAUGUGUGGACGCUUGGCUGGAGAUGUUUCGAGUAUCCGGAAUGCUCACUUCCGACAUGCAUCUCUUCGCCUUAGCCAUCAAUCAGUUUUUCGGUACUAUGUGGCCAUUGAAAUACAAGGUGAUGGUGACGACGAGGAGGAUCCGUUGUAUUGUUCUUGGCUUAUGGGUAGUUCCUCUUAUUUUUGUGUUUUGUUGGUUUAUUUCUGGAGAAAAUGAUGGAUUACGACAUGAAAAAUGUCAUAUGUUCUUCUACAAUCGAUUUCCUUUCCGAAUCACUAUUUUUCUCAUUUUCAUCAUUCCACUCGUCGCUACAUUGUUGAUCUACGGUUUGAUCCUGUCCAAGUUGUUAAAGGCUAAGGCAGAGUUCGAGAUGACAAAGAACAAGCACUCGUCGUUCGAACGUGCAUUCAAAGUUGAAGCUUGUAUGGACGACGCUGUUGAUCGUCUCCACAUUCUCGCUCAGUUGGGGCCUUUGUGUACUGUAUUUCGUGCUCGUUUCUCUGAAUUUCUACCUCGGCCUCUUCCUCAAUUCAAGCGUCAAUUGUUUGGUGAGUUCAUUAUUAACGGUGAUGUUGAAAUUGGCGUCGAAUCCGUUCAUCUACACACUACGAAUCCGUGCAAUCAAAGCGAGCGUGGACACAUUCCUGGCAGCGUUGUUCCAUCGGAAGACCUAUCCAACAAAGAACAAUAA